ACUUGGACAGCUGCUGAAACCGUAGUCCUAUCUCCCACCCCAUUUGCCUCUCAACAAAAUAUCACCCUUCUGGACAAGGUAAACAGCGCAAGAUUCAAGCAAUUCCAAUCAAUAUAAAAUUAUUCCUAUUCCUUAUUCCUCGCCGCCCCCUCAAGAUUUGGAGAAGAUGCGCAGCAUGUCGAGCUCCACUGCCACCAAAGGCAUUGCUGCCAUUGUUGGUGUCGGGCCUAAGCUCGGACGAUCCAUUGCCCGGAAGUUCGCCCAUGAAGGCUAUACCGUUGCCAUCCUCGCCCGCGACUUAGGGAGACUGUCAAGAUUUGCAGACGAGAUAGCGAGGGAGGAGAAGGCGCAGGUGUUCGCCAUCAGAAUAGAUUGCUCUGACUCUAGAAGCGUGAGGGAGGCAUUCGAGGGAGUUCUCUCCCUGGGAUUUGUAGAAGUGCUUGUGUACAAUGCGUACCAGCCAGUUUCCUGGCGCCCCACCAACUUCACUGACAUUCGGGUCGAUUCCUUCGAGAAAUCCCUUUCCGUAUCCUCCGUCGCCGCCUUCCUCUGCGCUCAACAGGUACUUCCGGGGAUGGUCGAAAGAGGAAGGGGAACGAUCCUCUUCACCGGCUGCUCGGCUUCUCUCAAUGGCAUUGCUGGUUUCUCCGAACUAUGCUGUGGAAAAUUUGCACUGAGGGCAUUAUCGCAAUGCCUGGCGAGAGAGUUCCAGCCUCUUGGCGUUCAUGUCGCCCAUGUUAUCAUCGACGGUGUCAUUGGCUCACCUAGGGCGCCAUCGACGGCAACGCAGAGAGGGGUAGUUCCGCAGCAAGAUCAGGGUGGAGGGGACGGUGCAACGAUGAUGAUGGACCCGGACGCUGUGGCUCAAACUUACUGGCACCUGCAUGUUCAAGACCGAUCAGCUUGGACCCAGGAGAUUGACCUCCGUCCUUCCCUCACCAGGUUCUAGCCAUAUCCAUACCUCCACAGUUUACAAUGUUUAGCAAUAGUGCUUGGGUUUGGGUGCUUGCAGCUGGCUCCAAUGUGAAGAACCUUGGAGCUAACACUCCAUCAAGAACUAUUGCUAAAUAAAAUUUUCUUUUUCUUCUAAGGAGUCCCAAGUUUUUAGUACUUGUGAUUGGAAUGUAUAUAUGGCAUAAUUAAUUUAUGUCCACAACUUUUUAUAAUUAUUUUUCUAAUGCCGUAAAUGCUGUACGGAUAUGUGUAUUAGUUUUAGUUUAUUAUUGGUUUAGUACAUAUAGUAUAUCAAAUAAUAUCAUGUACCGGCUAUAAAUAUAAAACAUGCAU